CAGGUAGAAGGGGAAAAAAGCAUGUUCAUUUAUUCAUUCAUUCCUUUCUCCGUUUAUACUUAUUCAAAGAGUAUUUUUCAUUGCAGCUAAAAACUAGACACACCAUGUAACAUGGAACAUGUCUUUUUCUUCUGUGUAUUCUUAUUUAAAUCGUGGAGCUUUUCAACUGAGAUUCUUCACGUUUAAUGAAAUUUGCAGUCUUGUGUCACUUGCAUCACAAUUUGUAGGAAUAACCUUAGCAUUUUAAAGAGUGUACCAUGUAGCCUUUUGAGAAAGUCAUGCAUUUGAAAAAUAAAAUAACCCACAAAGGGUAACACAUGGACUUUUGUCCCUUAAGCUGAUUGCCCUUAUUCACUGGUCACCACCUUGACGAGGGUGAGGGAUAUGUUUUAGAUACAUCUUUUUUUGUCUUAUGGCAACCAGACUCACUGCUUUACUUAUGUGUAUUACUCUGAAAUAUAUUUCCAGUGAAUGAAUAUAGUAGUAAAAGUGGUGUAGCAGGGUAGAAAAAACACUGCACUUAGACAUAAAAAGACCUUUCUAAUUUAACAUCUGACAGCCUCUACUUACUCACCCAGUGGCCUUGGUUAGGUCACAAACCUGUUUCUCUGUCUACAAAGCAGGUAUAAAUAGUGCCUGCAUAAUAAGGUGGUGUCAAUAUACUAAUAACAAACCUUUAUCAAAGUACUUAUUCCAUGCCAGAGUACUUAUUCCGUGUUCUAAGUGGUACACUCUUACAUCAUUUGCAUCUAUUAAAUCAUUUAUUCCUAUAAAAAUCCUAUGACAUGGGUACUACUGUUUAUUCAAGAGACUUAAAAAUGAGACACAUAGAGGUGAAGAAACGUGUCUGCGGUCACACAUAGUAAGUGGCAGAGCUGGGAGUGAGACCUGGGCAGCCUGUCUCUAAAGUUUCUGUGUUCUUAACCAUAAUGCUGUCGGUGCUGCCUGUAGUGUUUCAGACACUCUGUAGACCAAAAAGCUCUCUACAGCAAGAUUGUCGUUAAGUUAGCAAGUAUUUGACUAUCUACAAUAAAUUAAUGUUCACAAGUUUCAUUUCACUGUAGAAUGAUCGUCAGUAUCUCUGUAUAGUCAUGUCCUAUAACUUUUGCCCAAGCAAAUCAGUAUGCCAGGCAGUCCAGGGGAGCAUCUGUGUAAACAAAGACAGUAUAAUAUAGUAGAGUAUGAAAUCUGAUCAACUGGGUUUUUAGGGGGCUAUGUCACUUCCUAGCUGCACAGUUAUUUGUAAAAUAAGUACUUAUUGGGGUUUGAAUGCGUUUAUGUAAUAUCCUUGAAUGUUGCAUACUAUUGUUACACAUAAUUAAAAGCAGUGUCAUGCUAUUAUCAGUAACAAGGUAACUACCUUUCUUUUGGCAUUUGAGAAACAAAUCUAACAUGGCAGCGUACUUAGGAGUAGUUAGCAGCAGAAUAGAAACUAAGACCAGGGUCUCAACUAUGUGCAAAAGAAUUUUACCUAACAGAGGUCACUUGCUUUUUCUGAAAUUAUGUAAUAUUGCUUUUUUUUUUUUUUUUUGAGAUGGGGUCUUGCUCUGUCACCUAGGUUGGAGUACAGUGGUGCAAUCAUAGUUCACUGCAGCCUCAAACUCCCAGGCUCAAGCGGUACUCCCACCUCAGGCUCCUGAGUAGCUGAGUACACAGGUUCACACCACCACACCUGGCUAAUUUUUUUUUUUCUUUUUUGGUAGAGACAGGGUCUCCCUGUGUUGCCCAGGCUCUGCAAACCUAUCUCUAUCAAACCAAGACACGUAGUCAGCCCUUUUAAUCAUUAGACCUAGUGGUCUGCAAAGUUUGUGUUGGAAAUAUUUUCUCUAUCCUCUCUUUUGAACUCGUACAUCGGCUAUGAUGCCUGGAGCUGCUUAUAAUGUGGUUCCCUUGGCCAGUAAUUUGUUUAUGCCUAAAUCAGCCUUGCCUCUAAGUGAUAAGGAGAUACAUGCUUUUUCUUUUGUUUUCUGUCAGUGAUAUUCUAUAAUAGGCCGGGAACGGGUCUGCCCGAAUGAUGCACAGCCCCUUGGUGAGGCUGGCUAUAGCUCUCCCCCGCAAAACUGAAGGUUAGGCCUAAGGUAUUAACUUUGCCUGGCAAGAUGAAGAUGUGUGGACUAGGUAGACCUGUGUGGCAGUCUGUUUCUUUUAUAAAGUAAACAGAGUUCAGUUUGUUUAGGACUGCUUAGGUAGAUUUCUUACACUGAGCAGGAAUAUUUGUACAGAUGUUUUAAGGUAAAGUCAAAGAAUGGCUAGAUUCUAGGCUUUGACGCAUUAUAAUGUAUCUUUUCUCAAUGCCCCUGUUAAAUUCACAAAAGAAAAGGUAUUUUUGAUCAUCGGCUAUGAGAAACUUAAAACACUUUUUUUUAGAUAUAAAGGCUGAUUUAGUUAACUCUUCCUGCAUUUAAAGAAAAAAACAUCUGCUGAAAGUAGGGAGGGGAGGUGUGAGCGGAAGCGUGGUCUCCACAUUCCACAAUGAAUGUCUUUUCCCAGCCAAUUUUAAUUUGCAGAAAAACCAGGCACCGAGUUAGAUUCCUCGGGAAAGGUCCUUGUUGGCUGGUGAGCCCUGAAUUUCUUCCGUGUACCCCCUGAACAGGGACCGAUGCUUCAGUUCACAGAGAUAAUUUUUCUCUGGAAAGCUGAUAGAUCUGAUUUAGCCACCCCUCAUUUGUAGUCAUUGCCACCUUGUGGAUUACAAAGGAUAUUGGUUUUCAUCAAACUUCCAUUUCGAUUUGGCUUUUUAUGGCACGUACACGUUGGCAGUGGAUUGCCGUGUUCCUCACCAAAAGGAUCCUGGUUUGUUCAGCAACACCUCACUUCUCCACUCACAGUUCAUUUAUGAUUCUGAUGAGAGUGUUUUUUCAGGAAACACACAUUUCACUUUUUGACCUAGGAGCAUCUGUUAGAAUUUUUUUUUAAUACUACUUUGGCAUUCUGAAAGUGUUAAUGUCUUUCAUAUCUGUUUAAUGCUAUUUAGGGAUAUUUAUGAUCACCUCUUGGUUACUCAGGGUAAAGUGUGUCGCAAUUUUUUUUAAACAGACAGGAAAGCAUUCACAUGAGGAAACAGAUUGCUUUAAACAUGUGCUUCCUGUGACAGUAAAAAGAACAAAUUAGAUUUAACACUGUGUAAUGAAUGCAUAAAUGUGUACAUUUAAGCUUUUAAAAGCUUUAUGUUCAGUUCUGGUCACAACAAAAAUUGAGUCACCUGUAAAAAUUAAAGAUGCCUGGGGUAGUCUCAGACUUUUGAAAUGCCCAGCAAUUGCAGUCCUCGCCUGACGAUGCCUCGUUGGAAUGAUAAAAAGCAUGAUCUAUUAGUGCUGGAGAGAGCUAGAACAUUACAAGGCACAUUCAGAGGUUAAACCAGGUUAGAGUCAGAUUCCGUACAUUUAGCAAAUAAAUCAGAAUUUGUUGUGGGGGGGAGAAUACUUCACUCUCAUCUUCCUCCCUAAGAAUCAAUGAAAAAAUCAAUUUUCGGGAACCCCAUAUAUUCCUCUGUCUUUCAUGAAAGAAAAAGAAGGAAACCUGAUGUUUACUUACUAGCAUUUACUACAAUUUAAUUAUAUAAGAAAAUGACUCUUUUUCUUAUGUAAUUCAGUUUGUGCUUUGUAUGCUGGUAGGGAGUGAAUAGAAUCUGAGUUAAUAUUUCCAGUUAGACUAGAGUGUGGAAUUGGAGGGCCUGAAUCCUCUCCCCGGAAGAAGAGGCACUCAUGGCCAUUUCCAUCUGAGCCUGCGGAUAGUGCCUCUCCAUCCCCUGUGCUUUCAAAGCUAAGGAUUUGUGGCACGCUUGCCAUCUCUCUGGCCAAGGAGGGCCAGGACAGAGUCCCUCAGGGGAGGGCACAUAGUUUGAGGACAUCUGACUCUCUUAUAUCACAUACUGAGGUACUAAUAUCAAAACAGACUGCUUGUCGUUGCACGGUGGGGCAGUGCUUUUUUUGGCUGCCGUGGUCGAAAUGAAAUGGGCAAGCUGUAGUCCGCUUGGCAUCAGAAUGGGCUAAGGGAAGCAGGGGAAUCAGAGUCAGACUGUGAAUGCAAGUCACAGCCAAUGGUUAACUUCCUUUUUGUGUGUCACUUGGCAGCAGCAAGACUGAUGGUGAUUUUUUUUUUUAACAUGGGUGAGAGUUCAGUGCCCUAGGAAGAGCCGUAGAUGCUGUUAUUGUGCUUCCUCAUACAGUUGACUUGUGUUGAUUUCUUGAGGCCAGUACAGCUGUUCCAAGAGCCAGCUCCAGGAGCUUUGUGCGUAUGUACAUGGCCAUCGGACGUCGGAUGAAAAAGGUAAACAGAUGAGAGGUGAUCCAUACAAAAUCUCACUGCUGAUCACUAGGCAGUCUUAGGGGAAUCAGGUUCUGGCAUAAGGCAAUAAUACCAAAGAAUAAUAUAUAGUGCACUUGAAGGGAUACUCCCUUGUAUACAGACACCCAAAGAUAUUUUUAAAUUAUCACCACUCCACACCCCUCAUCUCACAUACAAGAUUCAAAUCAAUUUUGGACUGUCUGGAAAAUGUAGGACUAAAAUAGCCAGAUUGAAUUCAGAUAAAAUUACCUUCUGCUUUUUUGGGAGGUUGUUGCUUUUUGGUUAGCCACAUUAUUUUCUUUGAAGAUUCAUUUGGAAGAGAGUUUGGUAGAAUUUCUAGCCUCUCUCAAGAUUUUCCUCCCAUUUCUCCGUUUGCAAAGAGCUGUUCCCCAAAGGCAAAAAGAGCGAGUUGCCAUCUUGAGCGAAUUGUAUGUUUAGUGAACACCAAAUGGUCUCAAAGUUACCCUAAAUUUUCAUUAUAUCUGGUUGCUUUCAAAUACUAUUUAUUCCCCUCAAAAUUCUUAACCAUUUAUUUAAGAUAUCAGGAAGAUGACCAACUUCUGACAACCCAAAAGCAGAGAAGGAAGCUUAGAAAUAGAAUACCAUUUGUCUGGUAAUUAGAGUGUAUCUCUUAAGAGUUCGAGAGAAUUCUGAUUAAUCUUUCUGUUCCAACAUUCUCACAUAAAAUUAGCACACCUUUUAAAUUAUUAUCUAGUAUUUAAACACAUAUUUUUGAGUCUUCUUAAUGCAACAGGUUCUGGAGACACUAAAAGUGUGUUAUAGUUUUCUAAAAAACUUCAUUUUUCUUACAUUUUAAAUGUUCUGUUUGUGCAAAAUUUCGAGAAUCACCAUAAGGGCUUCUUUGCAUUUUUAAUUUAGUAACUAACAUAUGAAUAAAUUUGCAUAUUAAUUAGUUGCAGAUUAAAUCAUGCAUACAUAAUUGCCUCCUUACUGUGUUUAAUGUUUGUCAAAAUCUCCAGCCUGGUUUGAUGGAUGUCGUAUGAAAGAUUACAAUUUGAUGUACCCUUGGAAGUAUUUACACCAAUAAUGCAAGAUUCUUAAUAGCAGAAUUUUCUAGUUAUAUACAGUUACUAAUAAACAUGUAAGAUAGGUACAUGUCCCUUUGACUAAAAUUUUUUCUUUGCACCAAAUCAUUUACUAUUCAUAAUCAUUAAUGCAUCUCCUAAUUAUACAGCAUAUGUCUGUUAACCCUUUCAUUGCUGGCCUUCAAAUGGUAGCCUCUUUCUUUUUCUUGCCCCCUAAAGAAAGCAAAAUUCUUUGAUAAUAUUCUGAAAUUACUCGAUUGCCUUUUAUUUAUUUCUCUCCUAGUAUAUGGACACACCUCGUUUGCCAUUUAUUUUAACAUACAAUAGAUAAUUAUAUGAUCAUUUUGUAUUUUCUAGUUAAAGAUCAUAAAAUGACCCACGUGCACAUGGUUUGUAGCUGAUGGGCUUUUGCCUUUCUGUUACCAAUGCUGAAAAAAAUUGAGAUAUUUCAGAUACUUCAUAUAAGUAGUAAAAAAAAAUGUAUACACAGACAUACUCUCUAUUUAGGAGGGUAAUUGUAGGAUAAGUAAAAGUAUUUAAAUUGUAUUUAAUUUCAUUUUGAAUAUUGAAAUGCAUUUAAUGUAUCAUGAUCAAACAUAGGAUGGAAAUGUGAUUUUUUUUAUUAGAACUGAGAUCUCUGAAGUAGAAACUGACAAGAGAAUAGAUGCUCUUGAUUUGACAUAAUUUUAAAAUGCCAAUAAAUGUUUUCUCAAAUUUCUUCAGGUAUUUAAUUUUUUAAGUUUUAUCUUACUCAUAUAAAAAGUAGACCAACUGGCUUCUUUUUUUCCUUUUUACUAUUUUGAUGUCUAAGCUGCUUAUCACACUGUAUUACCCUGCAUUAAUGAGUAUUCCUACUGUGCAAAAUUCUAUCAAAAAUGAUGGUGUGAAUGUCAUUUUUAAUUGGAAGUUUAUACAGUCAAAUUUAUAGUACACAACAAAAAAUAUGUAUGUAGUUCUGCUCCAAGCCUUUUUUUAGGCUUUUGAUCUUUUUAGUUUAAGUAUACAUUUUUAUUAAUCUAAGUGUCAUUUGAAAAUCUACACAAAUAUGACUACUUUUUUGUUAAUACCAUUGUAUUAUGGAAGAGAGGGAAACUAAGGCGUAGAGUAAUUAUAAUGUCUGUAAACUGUAAGAAGAACAAAUACAAGAAUGACCAAGAAUAGAUUUUCAGGGGUCUUUUUUAGACAUGAAAACUUGCUGACCAGUUCUGUAUGUUUCACAGAAGUCAGAAUGUAUGAUUUCUGUCUUCUUUAUUUUUGAAUGCCUGCAUUUAUAUGCCUAGUAAAAAGACAAAGGUUAAAAUGAGUUGAAAGCAUAAACAGCUGAUUUCCCUUCUUUGAUUCUUUCAUAGGAGAAAUAAUGUCUCCUGGUCACCUACCUCAGGAGCAUUUAUUUUCUUAUCACAGGACACAAUGAACUAUUUAUUGAUUUAACACAACAUUCUUUUACAACAUGCAAUAUUACAUUAAAUUAUUUAGCAAUGUGAAAAAUGAAAUGAAAGCUGCAAAACUUAUAAAAGGAAGCAAACAGUCAGACCUGAAACAUAUUUAUCCACAGCCAUUGUGCCUAGGUAAUUCAGGGCAUAUGGUAUGUAAAUGAUAUUUGGAGAUCCUUGCCAAAUCUACACACGACGGGAUAAAUUAAGGACAGGUUUCCCUGGGUGUGAGUCCCAUGAUUGUGGCCGGCACACUUCCUGCUUGAAUGUGUGUGUUCUGUUCUUGUCUUUCAGCAAGAGCGUCACAGAGCAUUCAGUGGCCAAAUCUGGUCCUCAGCUGACUUCUAAGACAUUAUUUGCAAUUCCCAAGAAUUGAUUUUAUGAUUAAAUUUAAAACAUAGUACCAAUUUGCCAAACUUUCCCUUUGCUCUCACAUUUGAAAAGUAAGAUCUGAAUAAUUUGUCAGGAUAUGUUUGGAUAUUAAGCCAUUUAAAUGGGUAUCUUUGACAUUAGAAAUUGAGUGCCUCUGAGCUUCUUAGUCACUGAAGAAAGGUGUUCCUGAGUAGUGACUUUUCUCUAAGCUAGGCUUAAGAUGUUUCCUAGAACAGACUAGGAAUUAUUUUGAAGCGAUUGAUAAUUUUGGUUCCAGGUUGGCCCAGUAAUAAUUUAUUAAUUCAACUUGACAACCCAAAUUACUGGUAUCACUUAUUUUUGAAUUAUUAUUUUGAAGCAUAUACUCUCAUUUCUAGAAAGGUGAAGGCACUGACUCCUAUUUAGAAUAAACUUUAAGUAGGUAAGAGGUUAUGCUGUUUUCUUUUUUUUUUGAAAGGAAUGUCUUUUCUAAGCUAGGGGUCUUAGCUCAGAGUUUUUAAUGCUUUAAAUUAAGGUUCAUUUUUAUCUUGGAAUCAUGCAAUUGGAGAUUUUGAUUAGAAACUAUGGCAGAAUUUUUUCUCCUAUAAUUUGUUGGACUAUACCUAAAGAGUGCAUUUACUGUGAACACUUAAUUAUAAAUAGAAGACUUAUAUGUUAUUUAUAAAAGUUAUUUCGGGGUAUUUUAAGACAUGUAGAGUAUGGCUUAGGAUGUUUUAUUGUUUUUACUAUUAAGAAUAAUGCUUUUACUAAAUAAAACUGCGUUUCUUUUAUAAAAGAUAAUGCUCUUAAUAUUAUGGUUUUAUUUGAAUUAGCAGUUUAGUCUGUGUCCCUACAUUCCAUUUCAUUUAUGGAAUGCAAAUAACACACUAGUUACUGCGUAGAAAAUGAAAUUAGGCUGAGUCCUUGUUCAUUGCUGUGUAAAUUGGGUAAAAAUCAGAGGAAAAAAAUACCCUUGAGAUCGAUAUAAAUCAAUACUACUUGACACAGAUCCAGCUAAAAAUUCAUGAAAGGGGUCAUAGUUCUGGAGGAGUUUAUAUAAUUAUCACGUAGCCUAUAGUUUGUGAACUCAGGGCAAAGUUCUGAGCUGGUUGUUCUGGGACCAUUCCUUGGUUCAUUGAAACUACUUUGCACAGCUGUGCUUCAAACUCAACAACAGAGAGCAAAAACAAUAUUCACUAUAAAAUAAACCUCGUCCUGCCUUUCAGCUUCACUGUGAACUUGCAGUCUUGAAAACAACAAAAGGGAUAAUCGCAAUUGAGAUUACAGAAUCCAGAUUAGACGUAAUACACGAUAGGGUGGUAUGGCCCAAUUUUACUUACAUGAGGCAAGUGCAAGUCCUGUGAAUGCCAACAUGUUAAGCAUCAUAGCCACUUAUUAAGAUGUUAGCUUUAAAUGUCAGUCAUUGGACCCCAUUUGAAAUGAAGCACCUGCAUUUUAUUCAAGGAAAUUAAGGUAUAUUGGGGAAUGCGGAGGUGAGUUGAGGGGUUUUUUUUUUCUGGUUUUUUUUUUGUUUUGUUUUGUUUUGUUUUUUUUCUGGUGGGAGAAAGUGCCAUAGACAAUAGAGAAAAAAUACCUCAAGUAUUAAAAGUCUAUUUUUAUACACUGUAUGAUUCAAAAUGACUGAGCAGCUUUGAAAUUUUGUAGAAAGAAAGGAAUAUAAGGAGAAUAAGAAAUGAUAUUUGCAUCUUUACAGACAACUCUGUAUAGCACAUUUAAGAUUCUGGCAAUUUCCUUACAAGUAUCUGAAAAUUAGGAAUUAUGAAGGAAACCCAGACAGAUACUUAACUAUAGCAUUGCUACCAGGUGUCUCUUUGAUAUCAAUGAGUUAGGAAACCUUAAGAAAAAAAGGUUAAAACAUCCAGAAUGAUAACUUAUUUUAGCAUAUGCUUUCAGACAAAGUAUUUCUUUGUUAAGAAUGUAGAAAGGUUUUAUUUAAUUGUUCACAUAUAUUUAGUAAAUUUUUGGUGGACUUGACCGAUUAGGCUUGUUUCAUAAAAGAUGUGGGCUUCUGCGUAUUUAGAUCUUAAGUUUAUUUCAAAUUGGCCUUUAUAAAACUUUAGUGCCUUUCUCUUAGAAUUCUAGUCAACAAAAUUAUAUUCAUCAAGUAUAUACAUCACAGAAGUAACUGGUGAUACAGAGUAUAGUUUCUAACAUAUUGUCAAAUGGAGUCUAUAUCUCCUCAAAGGGAAAGAAACCCUGAUGUGAGUCAGAAGUUCUGGGUAUACUCACUUGGCACUGAAUCAGCUUAAAGUUCGAGGUUGAAAAAUUCACAAAUAUUUAUAGCACACCUACUAAGUGCCACGCCUCCUGGAAGGUGGACAGCAAUGGCCAAUGUUUCUGCCAUUGGAAAGAUUUGCACCAAAGUGUGUAUGGCCACAAGUAGUUGUACAAAUCAGAGUUCAUUUUGUAAUGCUUUAUAAGGGUCUGGUACCACUGAUUCUCCUUGCAGACUAAUAAACACAGCGCUUAUAUGACUCUUAAAAAUACAGUGAUAGCAAGUGCAUCCUAAAUGAUGUCAUCAUGUAGUCCAUGAUAACAGUGUAAUAUAUGUUAUAGAGAUGGAAUCAGCCACAUGGCUUACCGUAAUUGUUGUUGAGGUCCUUUGUUACGAACAUAUAUUUCUGUUAACAAUGCAACAAAAUAAUUUUUUAAGCUGUUUUUUUUUCUGUACUGCCUCAAAUCUAGAUAAAUGGAAUGUGUUGGAAAGGACAACAAAUAAAAAGUUAAAUAUGUGGAAAUGACAUGGAAAGCACCUGUUUCUUCUCUUUGUUUUCUUUCACGUCAUCAGGAAAUAAUAUUUAACCAUAGAAUAUGGUGUCCCUCUAAGAAAAUGUUUAUAAUUGAAUGUUCAAAGUAGAAUAUAGAUUAAAUAAGUAAAGGUGACUUGCCAAAAAAAAAUUAAAGAACAUGUGAAACAAACAGAAGUCUGCAUCACACAUAAUAAGUGGCGUAACAGUAUCACCUCUCAAAAGUGACAACAGAUGUGUCCAUCUUUAUGCCUUUAGCAUGUUGUUGGCAUUAUUAGUUAUUGUAUUGAGAGAGUAGCCACGCUAUACAAGAGAAAGGAAGGUAAAUUAGAUCCCUCACGCCCCCUUCUUCUGUGAAUUGUAUAUGUUUUUGAAUACACUGUCUGCCAGGAUAGCAAAUAAAAUUUGGUUCAUCCCUGAUCUUCAGCAGAUUAUAAUCUAGGUAAAGGACAGACCAGGUUCAUGAAAUAAAAAAUAAUAAUUAGAACAUUUGGAAACUAGGGGAACAGCUCCUCAUAUUGUGUGCACGUUUUAUCAGUGUAAAGUAGAUAUAGCUCUAUUGAAAAUUGUUGUCUAGUAAUAUGCUCAUUUUCCCGUUUCAUGAAGACUUAUUCUCAAAUGGAAGUUACAGCUGGCUAUCAUGUGUUUUUCUGACAAACUCUCUUCUCUGUGGACAUGAUGAUUUCUGUUGUUGUGGAAAGGAAGGAAAUAAAUCUCUUUUUGUUCCUCAUUCACUCAAUGAGCAAAAUGUGAUUGAGCUCCUAUUGUGUGCAGAUUAUAUUGUUGGAGCACAGGACAAAGAAAGCUAAAGUAUCAUCUUUGUUUAGAAAUUUAAGAUAUCUGGGAGCAGCAAGGUGGAUGCCUAGUUUAUUUAACAAGGCACUGAACUUUGCUGGAGAAUCCUAUAUUCUAGAAUAUAGUCCUUAUCUGGAGGUGACUACAGAACCUGAUUCUGGAUCACAGAGAGCUUGCAGAUCUGGCGUGAUUAAGGCAGUGGCCACAGAUACUCCACUGAGCUUCUGUCUAGCAGCUUCUGUCUGUCUCUUCCCUGAAAAUCUCAGGGACCAUGUGGAGUUUUGCUUGGUCAACUGGAGAAACAACUUUUGAUUGUUUUUGUGUUUUUCAGAGAUUGAUUUGCCAGAGAUAUUACAUUAUAAUAAAAACAUAAACACAGAAUUUAGGGAUUGGAACAAAGGUUAUGUGGUCACAAUUUAACACAGUUAUUUGAAAAUUAUUGGUUUAUAAGGAAACAGAUUUAGACAAAGCUAGAACUUAUGCAGGUAAGUUACAAAGCUAGAACUUACUCAGGCAGUUGCUCACGUCUGUAAUUCCAGCACUUUGGGAGGCCGGGGCGGGCGGAUCACAAGGUCAGGAGUUCAAGACCAUCCUGGCCAACAUGGUGAAACCCUGUCUCUACUAAAAAUACAAAAAUUAGCCAGGCGUGGUAGUGGCGCAUGCUGGUAAUCCCAGCUACUCAGGAGGCUGAGGCAAGAGAAUUGCUUGUGUUGUUGUGAGCCAACAUCACACCACUGCACUCCAGCCUGGUGACAGAGCGAGACUCCGUCUCAAAAAAAAAGAAAAUGUAAUGGACACAAUACAUUUAGAUUUUUAAUAAAGUAGACAUAUGUUUAUUGCAGAACAUAUGAGCAGUUGAUUAGUUAAAGGUAUCCAAUGUGCCAGGCGUGGUGGCUCACACCUGUAAUCCCAGCACUUUGGGAGGCCGAGGCAGGCGGAUCACGAGGUCAAGAGAUUGAGACCAUCCUGGCCAACAUAGCGAAACCCCAUCUCUACUAAAAAUACAAAAACUAUCUGGGCAUGGUGGCACACACCUGUAGUCCUAGCUACUCAGGAGCUGAGGCAGGAGAAUUGCUUGAACCCGGGAGGUAGAGGUUGCAGUGAGUCGAGAUCGCGCCACUGCACUCCAGCCUGGCAACAGAGAGAGACUCCAUCUCAAAAAAAAAAAAAAAAAAUCCAACAUUGCUGGCAAGUUUGAAGGUCACAGCCCAUGUACAAAAUUGGUAUAUCUCGAGGAACUCUUGUCUUUAUCAUACGUUCUGUACGAUUUCCUUGCACACAACACAGUUACCAUAUGAUGGUACUAAGUAGAUAGAGGUCCAGACCCCAUAAAGAACAUGGCAUUCAGUUCCUGAACAGAUAUUAGAGAACACGCCCCACUUGGCAGUAAGGGAUAUCUUCAACUAGAGGGAAGGGUGAGAGUUGACCUGUUUGUCCUUUUGACUCAUAGUUAGAAAUGCUAAAGUUGUUUUAUGUUCAAAAUGCAUUUGAUAAUCAUGCCUGAAGAGGUCGAAGUGCUGACAUUGUUGAAAACAAAUACCCCUGUCAAACAAAUAGAGACAAUUUUCAUGUCUUUGGUUGGUAAGCACCAUAAUUUGGCCUUUGGCACUGCUGUCAGUAAGCUAGUUGAUGACUUUUACAUCAAUUUUUGGCCCAACCAUAAAUGAAGGAAAUAAGACCAAUACUGCCGCAGUACUUUUUCUCACUCAUCACCCAUACCUGAUUCAGCUGGGUUAAUGUUAAAAGCCAAAAUUUAUCAAUAUCAAUUUUUUCCCCAAAUCAUUCUUAUUUUAGUACUGUUUAUGCUCAAUAAAAGCUUAUGAAUUUCUUUCACUGUUAUUUAAUGAAAACCCAGAAUUUUUUAAAAUUGCACGUUAUCUCUUUAAAAAAAGUCUUUUAGAUUACUCGUGGGAUUUACUCUAAGUGCUUGUCUUUUAAUAGAAGAUGAUGCAAAACUUGUCUCACCUGUUCCUUCCUGGUCGUGUCUGUGUUUAUGUGUGGGGUGGGUAUAUAAGUGCUUUUGAUUAACAGAAUGAAGAGGGUGCUUAUUUUGAAAACUCAGUAGUUAAAAUUCAAGUUUAUUUUGAGUUAAAGAACACCAUAUUUAGAUUAGGAAUGGACCAGUGACCUGCUUAAGCUUUAGGUUAUCGAUUGGCCUUGAGGGAACUUAGAUCUGUUAAACACGAACUUGAAAAGGCACUUCAAUGACGGAUGUACGUUGGAUGCUCUCACUGUAUGGUCAUUCACUUGCAUUUUAAAAUUUAUGUUUUGUUUUUCCUUUAUACCUACUCUUUUCAUUCCAUUUGUCUGAGGUGGCCAUUAAAGUAUUUGACAAUUGUUUGUUCUCUGCCUAGCAAGUUGUCCUAUUGCUCCAUGAUGUGAAACAACAAAGGUAAUCAACAGUUAGAAACCUCAGGAAAUUGCUAGAAUCUUCACCCCCAAAGAGGGUUAAUAAACCCUAGAUAAUUAGUUCAUUUAGAGUGAAAAUCAUUUUCAUUGUGAUAAUCACAUUUCCCCUCUGAUUAUCGAGCAAUGCAAUGGGAAGCCUGAUAUUUAUUCGCAAAUUUUUUAAAAUUGAGAACAUCCUGUGCUGAGAUUCCAGUCAGCUUCAUCAAUCCAUUUUUUGUUAAAAGUUUCUCAACUAUCAUCCUUCAUCCAGACAAAUAAACAUAACCAGGAUUUCCCCUCUAACUUUUUGGGAAUUCAUUUACACGUAUACCAAUUUGACGGAAAAAAACAAUUGUCCUCGAAUUUCAUUUGACUCAGGUGAUUGUGGUAAGCUGGCUAACCGGCUUCAUCUAGGAAGUGCAGCAAUCUGAGUCAACUUCCUCCAUCCCUGUUUUUACAUUGUCCAGUGUGAUGCUUCCUCAUUGUACCAAAAUAGAAAUGGUUUGUUUUUGUAUCAGACUUGGAGACUGGCUAUGGAUUACACUGGGUUAGGAUAAGGGUUUGCUAUUUUUUUUUUAAAGAACAUUCCACUUAUCCCAAGGGAAAAAGAUUGAUGGCCUGGGGAAAAAUAAGAGGCAUCAUGAAAUCUUUUCUCCUUAAAUAAAAAUCACAUCUAGUCUUCAGAUGUGUCAGUUGCACUAUCUUUGUCUAAUUUCAUUUAAUAUUUGAGAGAUUUAGUAGUAAAUUUAUGACUUUUGCAGUUACUUUGCAAAAAAUUGAGGAAGGAAGAAGUGAAUUUCACUUUGAGUCAAAUGUAUAGGUUCCAGUGUAAUUAAACCUAAAAAUCUAUAUAUUCUGGUCUUGCUACUUGGUAUUACACUUUACCAUAUCACAUAAUGCUAUUAGCUACAGUUUACCUUAUUUGCAGGGUGAUGCCGUUUUGUAUCUCUGGUUUGUUGAAUUUCGUAGAAGAUGUUAUGUUCACGUAGAUAAUGGCAUACUCAUUGAAUUCUUUACCUCAGACAUGUGAAAAUAUGUGGAAAAGUGGGGAAAUGAAUCUGAUCAGAUUUCAUUGUAUACUGAAAUUUGAGAAUCUGGUUUUUGCAUCUAUUUUGCAUGCUGCUAUGUCUCCAAGCCAUCUAUGUCUGUGUGAGUUUUUAUAAUGCCACAUAAAGCAAAAUGAGAAGUCUCUUCUUUCUUCUAAAGGGAAAUAGUGUCACAGAAAGGUAGAAGUCAAAUAUUUACUUAUGGAUCAAAAAUCUAGUUAAAAAACAACCCAUUGCUUACCUUAGUAAUCAAUGUGAAUUACUUUCUAAUCAAUAUGAAUACAAGCUAUCUGACCAGUCACUCAGAAAAUAAAUAUUUGAUCAUGUGAUAAACCAUUUGAAUGUCUACAUAUGAACCCAGGUCAUAUAAAAAUAACCAAUUCAAGAUAACAUAGGAAGUCACUAAUAAAGACACAAAUAAAAUUAGAUUUCACAGUUUAUGCUGAUAUUUUGAUACUUUUCUGUGAUAAAAGCAUCUUCCAAACUAAAUGUGUCCAUAUUUGAACCAUGUAAAUAGUUAAAAGUAUUUUACCUGAGAAUAUCUAAAUGAUGCCAAGAAAAUAAGUUCAUGCCACUAAAAAGAUUGAGAUGAUUUGUGCUUUAUCUGACUUCUUCGUGUAAUAUGGAUUUACUUCAGAUAAAUAUAUUUUCUACUUACCCGAUAAGUAUGUUUAUCUGAGAUAAAUAUUUUCUCCAGAUAUGUGUGUAUAUUGAAAAAAAAUUUAAAAUAAUUAGGAUCCCAACUGAAAAAGUAAAAAUCUUAAUUUCUUAAUAAGAAAACAGUUAUUUCAUAGUCUUAAGAUUUCAAUACAAAGAAAUAUGGGAAUAUACAUGUAAGAGGUUUGUUGGUGUUCAUUAUUAAAUUGCAAGGCUGUCUCAAGUUAUGGUCAUCAGAAUAAAUUGUGUGUGGGUGUGUGUCUGUCUGUCUGCAUCCUACUGUUAAUAAUUAGAUCUUUUAUGAAGUUGUACUCAUACCUAUUAGGGAUUUUUGUCAUUGCAGUUUAAGUUGAAUAUGAAACAUUAAUCCUUUGUUGGGUCUAAGCUAUCACCAUUUAUUACAGUUUUUAUAACAUUCCAUAUAUAUGCAUCUACUAACUAAACAUCAGCCUUAAUUUAGCUUAUGAAUUAAAUUUUUUGUUAAGAGUGACUCCUACUGGAGAGCAAAAAAUACCAAUUAGUUUAGCUUCUAAAUAAACUAUACUCCUUUUUUCAAUGGACAAGGGUAACCUCCUAUUCCUUGGCUUGGCAACAUUUACUAUUCCUCUAAGUUUAAAGAUGAGAACAUAGAUUUGAGUACUAACACAUCAGCAGAAAUUAUAUUUUUAAGUACAUACAUAAUUCUCAGGCCAGUCGUGCUGGGUGCUCCAAAAAGAUUUGUGAUUGAAUAUCUUUGCUCCAUUGGGAAGAGUUUAGCAUGGUGCUGUAUUUUUAUAAUUCUUUUUUCCAUUUUAGCAGACUUCUGUUACCUAAGUCUAUUUUAGGUGGAGCCUUUUUUUUUUUUUUUUUUUUUUUUUUUUUUUUGCUGCUGCUCUUUAAGGCACUCUUGCAUAGAGGAAACAGCAGAGGAGACACAAGGAAAUGCACUCUCCUUUAUAACAUGCUGCUGAUUCUCUGAACUAGGUGUCCUCUCAUUUAAGCCUCAAAAGAAGCUGUGUAUUAACUAGAUGAAGGAACUAACACUCAAACCUGUGAUACAGCUUGGCCAGAGUCACUCUGCUGGGGAGCAGCAAGGUUACUCAUCAAGAUGUGUCUGACCCUCAAGUUUAAGCACUCUGAUUUAAUAACUUUGCUCACACCCUGAUUCCAGUGUCUUAGUAGCUUUUGAUCUAUAAAAUGUCAUCUAAGGAUCUUUGAGCCUUAAUUCUUUGUCUUUAAAGUGGGAAUGAUAAUACCUGUCACAGAGUACUAGUUAUGGAGAUUAAAUAAGUGAAGGCAAUUAUUAUAUGUUCUUUAAAUUGUAUAUCACUGUACUGUACAUGUAUUAAGUGUUGUUUUAUUAGCAAAUAUCUUUUUGAUGGGUAGAUGUUUACCUGAGGUGGUUAUUUAAUUUAUAGGCUGGCUUGUUCACACUAUGUUAUGUAAUCAUUGUAUAUUAAUAAAUAUCACUAUUCUCCUUAGGGUGUGAUGUUUAGCUAAUUCAGCCAUGCUAGGCAAAAGAGGUCAGCAUUGUAGAAAUAAGCAAUGUCUUAUACUGAAAAAAAAAAAAAAAAGACAACAACAAAACAACAACAAAAAAACAACUUUCGGUGUUCAGUGACUUAAACAGAAACAUGGAGUUGUUCAAAUUCUACCAAGUUAUAUUCGGGAGGAGAAAAAUGGGAAUUCCUUCCAUAUGACCAUUGUUCAUUCAUUCAUUUAUUCAGCUUCUAUUUGUUGAGUUGCCUGCCUUACACUGCAAUAUGCAGGGCAGUUUGUGUGUGUGUAGGUGUUCAUUAGGUUUAUUUGCACUUUGCAGUAACCAUGUAAUAUUAUCAUUAUUCAGAAAUAAAGGUAGAGUCUACUCUAAUGAGCUCUGUGGUCGAGUGGAUAGUUCAGCUCUUUACCCUGUAAUAGUUUGUUAUCUAAUUGUUUAAUGUAUGUGCGAUUGCCUUCACAAUUAAAGCAUUACUCUUUAGUCAUAUUUUCUCUCUUUUCUCAAUUUUCCCAGGAAGAAAAUUGACAUGUCUCUGAACCCUGUGCAUAUCCCCAAAUGGAGCUUACCCAAAGUUGGGAAUCACUAAAUAAUUGUUCAUGAAAUGGUUGACUAUAGCUCUUCAUUCAAGUGAUGUAGAUUCUGAAUAUUUACUUAUUCUUUAAUGCACUUAUUCAUUCAUUCGGCAAGUUUUUAUUGAACAUCUACCUUGUAGGUAAUACUAUGCCAAUGCGUUGGGGAUUUUAGGUCAAAUAUUUCCCAGUUUCUUAUAACAAAUGUAGGUGUGUGUUGUCAAUUCUGCUUCACCUCAAAUAUAUCUGUCAAAGACUUUUUGGAAAAUUACAAAAGAACUGUAAACUUUAGAUUCUAGAAGAAAAUAAGAAUCAUGUGGGUUUCAUUUAAGUGGUCAACACUUCUAGACAGUUUUGCUGGUAAGAAUUUUUUUCCCCAAAAGUGGCAGAAAAAACAACUGGGUUCAUUACCUACCCCCAGUGUCCUCAAUGUGCUUUGUCUAAGCACCAGAGAGGGAUGGUGGCUUUCUGUAUAGUGUGGCUAACCAUCAUUCCCCAUCAUUUCAGGGAUAACAAGGCUGGGCAUGGGGGGCAGGGGUGGUACCAAGUAGGUAACCAAGUUACCUACUGCUGGUUAGGUAACUUGUCCAGUUAUACACUACUGUGAAAACUGUGUCUGUGAAACAAGCAGUAGACUGGUUCAGGGUUCUGUAAAAAUUGGCUGCUUAAGAUUAAGACUUCUU